AUGGCGUUUGGGAAGAGUCAUCGGGAUCCCUACGCGACCUCCGUGGGCCACCUCAUAGAAAAGGCUACAUUUGCUGGAGUUCAGACUGAGGACUGGGGCCAGUUCAUGCACAUCUGUGAUAUAAUCAACACUGUCCAGGAUGGGCCAAAAGAUGCAGUGAAAGCUUUGAAGAAAAGGAUUUCCAAAAACUACAAUCAUAAAGAAAUCCAACUUACUUUGUCACUUAUUGACAUGUGCCUGCAGAACUGUGGUCCAAGUUUCCAGUCUCUAAUUGUGAAGAAGGAAUUCGUGAAAGACUGUCUAGUUAAGCUGCUGAAUCCCAGAUACACCUUGCCAUUAGACAUUCAGAAUAAAAUCUUGAAUUUCAUUAAGACUUGGUCUCAGGGUUUCUCAGGCGGUGUGGAUGUAAGUGAAGUGAAAGAAGUGUACCUUGACCUGGUUAAGAAAGGUGUACAGUUUCCUUCCUCAGAUGCUGAGGCUGAAACAACACCACCACAGACUGCUGAGAUCUCAUCUAAUCCACCAACAUCUGUUCCUACUGCACCGGCUCUUUCUUCUAUAGUUGCUCCGAAGAGCUCAACCAUUAUGUUGGUCCCAGAACAGAUUGGAAAAUUACACAGUGAGCUGGAUAUGGUGAAAAUGAAUGUGAGAGUGAUGUCCACCAUAUUAAUGGAGAACACCCCUGGGUCUGAAAACUAUGAAGAUAUAGAGCUUCUGCAGAAACUUUAUAAGACAAGUCGAGAGAUGCAGGAGAGGAUCAUGGACCUGCUGGUGGUGGUAGAGAAUGAAGAUGUAACUGUUGAGCUAAUUCAAGUGAAUGAGGAUUUGAAUAAUGCCCUCCUUGGAUAUGAGAGGACUCCCUGGACUAAGAUCAAGGUGUUGGCAGGGUUACAUUCGUUUUUGGAGACCCUACGGGAGAAUCCAUUCCCUUGUCUUUUGCAGUUUCUAGCGGUGCCCUGCUUUCUUUGGCUCAUGCCCCCCAUCUUCAAAGCCAGUGAUAACUGGUUGAGUCCUCAUACUGUCUCACUCUUACUUCCUCUUCUGCUUCCAUCAUCCCCAUUUAAGGACCUUUGUGAUUACUUUGGGCCCACUUUUGCAAUCCAGGAUAAUUUGCCUGUUACUACCAGUGAACCUUCUGCCCCAUCCUGUGAUCUCCUCGACCUAAGCCCCAGCCCCCCAACUCCUAGGGCCACUCUGGGAGAACUCAGCACCAUGAAUGCUCAGCUUUCAGACUUAAGUUUUAGAUCUCCAAGUCCUGUUAUGAAAAACAAUGUGAACCCCAGUCGUCAUCCACAGGCAGACUUGCUAGCCUCGGAAAAUACAGAAACACCCUUGUUUCCCCAAAGGACCAGCCAAAACCUCGCCUCAAGUCACAUAUAUGACAAUUUUCCAGAAGAUUCACAUUCAGUGUUACUACAGCCGGUUAAUCUACAGAGCAUCCCAGCAACAUCGUCAAACCAGAGGCUGCCAUCCUUGCCCAGCGGUCAUCCAGCGAUGAUAAAGAAUGAUCUUCAGCAACCCAGUUACUAUGAGAUAAUGGAGUUUGAUCCCUUAGCUCCUGCUGUCACUGCAGAAGCUGUUUAUGAAGAAAUUGAUGAUCAUCAGCUCAGAAGAGCUCAAAGUCAUAUUGACUGUUGAGGUGAAACUGGACAACCAGCUCACAAGCUGCAUCAGGAGUGGCACCUCUCUAAAGGGUAGACUCUGUCCAGCUUUGAAGCCGGAAGACACAACCUACCAACACAUCAAAACCAUGGUGGAUACUGGAACAUUUCUUCUCUGCAAUAAUGAAGUUUGAAUAGAAGAGCAAUAGUUCCAGGGUAGCAUUUAUGGUUCUGGACAACAGCUCAAGAUUUAUCUCAAAAGAAGUUGUUUGUAACAGAUAUUCAUUUAAAACUUCAGCUGAAGAAAAAUUUACUAUACUUCAGCCACCAAGUUUAAUUUCAGGGUCUUAGGUUUUACAGGCCUUCCUACAUUUGGGAAAGAAAUCAUCACACAGUUGUGAUAAGAACAGAUGAAGAUUACUUUAUUACAAAAUAAUUCUGAAUAGAUGUUAAGCAUCAAACGUGAGAAACUAAAGGUAUUCUUCAGGAAGAAUACUGAGUGCCUUCAUUUAAAGUUGAAUGUAAAAGUCAAUUUGCACUUCUUUAUAAAUAAUACUCGUUUAGAAUGAGUUGUAAACGCCUUGAUGAUUGUAAACAUCCCUGGACUCUGCAUCGAGUUGCCUUUAAAUUUGAUUCUUUAUAAUACUAAAUAUUCUUUUUUUUUGGUCUUUUUACAGUAAUUUAACAUUUCUAUUUAGAAGAAAGACUACUGGAAAACAUUCAGAAUAAACUGCAUUAGUUUACAUAAAUUACAAUGACAAAUAAAUUACUAUUAAAAUGAUUUAAUGUAUCUUUUUUACAGUUUGUUCACAGAAGAACUUUUGAUGUCAGUACACGUACACAACCCCACACUUAAACAUUUUAAUAUUCGGGGACUUGAAAAACUAUCACAGUAAAUCCUAGAAGCCUAAUAGAUGGAUUUAGGCAUUUUAUUUCAGUUUCAUGGUACUACAAUUUCAAAGUAAUUAUUCAGUACUAUGAAUAUAAAGUAGCCCUAGAUCUUAAAGGAAAAAUAAAGUAGAAUUUGAAAUAAGAAUGUAAUCUGUGGGCAAGUUACUUAGUGACUUCUCUUCCAUGUUGAGCUUUUAAAAUAAUGACUGUUCACAUUGAAGGCAAGUAGCAACCAACUAUUUUAAGGAUAAUAAUAAACAUGGUCAGAAGUUCUGGCCUACAGCGUAAAAUAAAUACCAUUAGGUAUAAUUUUUUUUUUUUUUUUUUUU